GGGUGGUCCGUGCGUAUCCCGUUUCUCUACAGCGAAAUCCCAAGACUAAGUAGUCCCUUCAUUCAUAUUUCCUUCCUAUCCUUGUUCUAAGCUGGCAACCUCCGCGAGCAUAGCAUCAACCUGGAUAUGGGAGACCUUGCCGAUGCAUAUUCAGCUCUAACGCCGUCUUCAAACAGAACAGAAGUAGGCAAAGUAUUGCAGUCGAUAGUACUCGCACCAGGUUUUACCGUCAGCGAAUCUACUCGAACGAAGCUUCUCAAAAAUUUGCUGAAUGAUAUCAAAACCGCAGGUUCUGACUCUAGGAUAUCUGAUGAAGAUGCCAGUCAAGCGAUCUUAGCCGUGAAAAUGCUCGGAAGAAACCCACAAGGUUCGGAUCAUCUCGCAACAGAGUCAGGAUUAUCGGACCUCUUGAAUAUCGCGUCAAAUUUGAAGGAGAAAGGUCAUCUGGAUGCAGCUUGCGAAGCUUUACGAUGUAUAGCCAACGCAAUGUUACUCUUUGAAGGCGGUCGAUCAACGUUCAUAUCAGAAGAGGUCAAGGGCGGACAAGUAUGUCUUAAGAUGCUGAAUGAAGCCGCAACCAGCGACGAAAUCUUCAUUCUGUCCAGGAUUCUUUUCUUCACUACCGUCUCUCGAUCACCUUUCAUUAUUUGGCUAAUAGAGGAGAGCCACGAUGGACGAACGAUCACUGAUAUCAUUGAAGACAAGUUGGACCUGGCAUUAUCCAGAUACUUGAAGAACAACAAGGCGAAUCUGGCGCAGGAGGCGAUCGCAGAUCUAUUGAAGUUUGUGUUCAACCUGCUGUUGUACUAUCCUAAGAUGGUGGAUUGCGUAUCCCAAUCAUCGUCACUGCCGUCCCUUUCAAGCAAUGAGGCGAAAAUCAUGGGUGAUUUCUGGAGUCCGAAACUCGACGGAUUCCUUCCUCCGAUCUUAGAACUCUACCUCUCACUACCCACCCCUAACACCGAACCUACACCUCUCCACCCACCACUAACGGGUGCUAUACAUAGCCUGAUAACCAUCCCCGUAAACAACGCUCUUCGUUCCAAAUGGUUCCACACGUCAUCUACAGAACGACCAGACGUGGUCCAACAUACCCAAGAUUUGCUCGACAAAUCCCUCUCGUUCUACCUUCCUGAAUCCGAAUCCCCAGAUUCCGAAGCCAUCAGGGACUUUGUCAAAACCAAACAUCCAUCCGACGACCUUGACGACAUCCUCUCUCCCAUAAUCAUCCUCGCCACACGUCUCUGCAUCGGAGACCUAUCUGCCCGCAACAGGAUCUGUAAUUGGAUGGUUCCUGAGGAUAUGGAUCGAGAUCCCGAAAAACCUUUGGAUGAACGAUCGAACACUUUGGGGAGGUGUAUCAGGUUGAUGGGGAGUGUGUAUCAUAAGAGGUUGAAGGAGUCCGUGGGGGAGUUGCUUUAUGCUAUGUGUGGACAAGAUGCGGGAGUUUUGUGUUCGAAAGUUGGGUAUGGACAUGUUGCUGGGUUCUUGUUUGAGAAGGGGGUGAUGAGUGCGCCGACGGCUGAGAGUUCGGGGGAUGGUGGUGGCGAUUCGACUAGUGCUGCUACUGCUACUGCCACAUUGACUUCGGCAAAUGGUGAAACGGAAGGUGAAGGGACAGACGAGCGAGCGAAUGCGAGGGCAACUCUGGAGUCGGAAAUGACGUUUGCAGGACCUUCGGAUACCCGACAGAUCAACCCGAUUACCGGAACGUAUAUUCCUGAAAAGACCAGUAAUCCUAUGGACGAUAUGAGCGAGGAAGAGAAGGAGAGAGAGAUGGAGAAGUUGUUUGUGUUGUUUGAUAGGAUGGAGAAGACGGGUGCAUUGAACCCGGAGCAGAAUCCUGUUCGGAAGGCUAUAAAGAAAAGCAUGCAGCAGUGAAGGCUAUUUCGGAGAGCCCGAGGCGGUAGCUAUUUUCAAAUUUGGUUUUUUUCUCUAUGUUUUCCGCCACAUACUGCUUUGCUAUGUUGUACCAGUUUAUAUUAUACGAUAAUCUCGCAAGCCAGAAGCAUUGUACGAUAUUUUACAGCCACAGGAAUACUUAAAAUAAUGUACUCUAUGCAAUGCUCUCAGUUCAUUGCAUCCGAAUCUUAUUAAUUAUUCUACGAAACAAGGUAGAACAUAGGUUUUUUGUCUGCCU